AUGGAAAGGCCAAGGCAGUGUGGACUUUCAGUGUUGCAAAUUGUUGAGGGUUUUUGUGGGGUGGAGGCUUUGUUUUCCAUGGCUGCGGUUGCUGAGAUUCCCGCCGAUGCCAACAAAAUGGACUCAAAACCUAAGGCUGAAUCUGAAUUCAGUGUUCAGAAGCUGGUUGACAUGUUCACAAAGUUGAAUCCCUUGGCGAAGGAGUUUUUCCCUUCAACAUAUUCUCCCAAUCAUGAUCAUCGCCUUCAGGGCUUUAAUCAGCUCUCACCAACCCACUUUCUGGUCAACUCUAAGCCCUCUGCUAAUGAGAAUUUCCCGAACAAUCGAAGGAGAAGAAAUGGUUUUAACCAAGGAAGGAGGAGGGUGAGUGGAAGAUCACUAAAGGCUCAGAGAGAAGAUAGCAUUAGAAGAACAGUUUAUGUUUCUGAUAUUGAUCAGCAUGUUACUGAGGAGCGGCUUGCAGCCUUAUUCAGCAGUUGUGGACAAGUAAUUGAUUGCCGCAUUUGUGGCGACCCACAUUCAGUUCUCCGUUUUGCUUUUGUUGAAUUUGCAGAUGAGUAUGGUGCUAGGACAGCUUUAAACCUUGGUGGUACUGUGCUUGGAUACUAUCCAGUGAGGGUUCUUCCUUCAAAAACUGCCAUUCUUCCUGUGAAUCCUACAUUCCUCCCUAGGUCGGAUGAUGAGCGCGAAAUGUGUGCCCGGACUGUCUAUUGUACAAAUAUUGAUAAGAAGGUUUCUCAAGCUGAAGUGAAGAAUUUUUUUGAAUCGGCUUGUGGCGAGGUUACGCGCCUGAGGCUUUUGGGGGACCAUGUGCAUUCGACUCGAAUUGCUUUUGUAGAAUUUGCAAUGGCUGAAAGUGCCAUUAUUGCACUUAACUGUAGUGGGAUGCUCUUGGGAACCCAGCCUAUAAGGGUAAGUCCUUCAAAGACUCCAGUGAGGCCAAGGGUCACUCGUCCGGCAUCUCAUUAG